UCCGCCGCCCUGGGGGUAUGCCCGAUAGACGAGCUUACUCUCGCUCGUCUAUCUUGGCUUUUUACAAGCCUUUCAAAAACACGGUGGACGUUUUUUUUUUUUCAUUUAUUUUUUCAGAAUGGUGUGUUCAGGUUGUUAUAACCCACAGAAACAAGUGAAAUUAAGAAGCCCCAGCCUAAAGAACAUGACAAAAGGGCAGGCACAAGAAACAUUAAGUGUCAUAAAGUUCAAGCCGCUGAGCGAAGUGCAAAAACAUAUCAAAUCAGACACUUGCUACCUCCACUUCUCUACAAUUGAAGGAGCAGCAUAUUUUUUCAAUUCUUAUAAUGAAAAGGGUAUCAACUUGAACAACCUUCAGUUUACCGUUAAUCCUAUGCAGUUCCCUAACGGUACUGUUGUCAGAUAUCCCACCACAGCACCUACACCCACACAUAAAACCACCCACACACCCACACAGACCCCCACACAGACAUCCACACAGAACCAAGUCGCAGCUGCUGCCACCACCUCUACCAGUGAUGAAUGGAAGUUGAGCACAAAAAGGGCAAUAGAAGAUCUUGACCAAGAAAUCAAGAGAAUAUCAAGUUCAAUUUGGCGUGAACUUUGAAGGAAGAAGAUACGUCGCCUUGGGGGUACGCCUGAUAGACAAGCUUAUUCUUGCUCGUCUAUCUUCGCUUUUUUACGAGCUUUUAAAAAACACGGCGGAAGUUUCUUUUUUUUUGAAAUGGUCUGUGAAGGUUGUAACAAACCAAACAAACAAGAGCGUAUUCAAGGCCCCAGUUGUAAAAAUAUGACAACAGGGCAACUAAA